AUGGACAACGAAGCCACCACGACCUGCAGCCACAAGCUGCGUGAAGCGUGCCUGACCAUUCCCAAGGCAGAACUACACCUCCACAUCGAGGGCACGCUUGAGCCAGAGCUCAUGUUCGCGCUGGCCAAGCGCAACGGGGUGGAGCUGGACUACGCCUCCCUCGAGGAGGCCCACCAGGCGCGUGAGCACUUCACCAGCCUGUCCUCCUUCCUCGACCUCUACUACCAAGGAGCCAAGGUGCUGCAGAAGGAGGAGGACUUCUAUGACCUAACGAGAGCCUACUUGACCAAGAGCAAGAAGCAGGGCCUCGUCCAUGCCGAAAUCUUCGUCGACCCGCAGACUCACACCCUUCGCGGCAUCUCGUGCGCCACCGUCUUCAACGGUAUCCGUCGCGCAUUCGAGGAGGAGAAGGAUGUGACGUGCUUCCUCAUCGUGUGCUUCCUCCGCGACCGCAGCGCCGACGAGGCCGCUCAAGUCCUCGAUGAUAUACUUCCCUAUGUCAAGGAAGGACUCGUGCGCGGCGUGGGCCUGGACUCAGCCGAGGUGGGCAACCUGCCCAGCAAGUUCACCCGAGUCUUUGCGCGCGCUCGCGAGCUGGGCCUCCACCGGGAGCGAAUCGAUCAUGGCGUGAGGUGCAUGGAGGAUCCCGCGCUCGUGGAGCACCUGCGCACUCACCGUAUCCCUUUGACCGUGUGCCCGUCGAGCAAUGUGCGACUGCGCGUCUUUCCCACGCUCGCCGAGUCCAACAUCGGCGCCAUCAUCAAGGCCGGCCUCACCGUGACGCUGAACUCGGACGAUCCGGCAUACUUUGGCGGGAGCUAUGUGGGCGACAACUACGCGCAGGUGGCGGAGACGUUCGGCUUGUCCCUCGGCGACGUCGAGACCCUCGCGCGCAACUCGAUCGAGGCCUCCUUCCUCUCCGACAGCGAGCGCCAGCGCCACCUCGCCCUCAUCAACGCCUGGAAGCUGUCUCUCUCCUAA